AUGUCCACCAUUUUGAGCCUGGAGUCGGAGAUCGACAACGUUGGCCAUCUGACCUUCAUGAGACUCGACGAUAUGGCCACUGAGCGGAAGAUUGUCAAUUUGCAGCAUUGGACAGCAUAUUUUGCCUUCGACGUGGUCUGUACUCUCGGUAUAGGCGGCCCACUCGGGUUUCUCGAGCAGGGGAUUGAUGUCAAAGGCAUUAUCAAGUCGAUUCACGACUUGUUCUUCAUGUCUUCCGUCUUUGGUGACAUUCCUGGCCAAAUGGUCUGGUUGCGAAAUCCCAUAACUCAAGCACUGUCUCGAUUAGCCGGCCAUACUUCAUCAAGUGCAGGACGCGAUUUCGCAACCUGGCUGUUCUCGCAAGUUCAAGACCGUAUGCAAACUCCCAACGAUCCUGAGCGACACCCGGAUAUGCUCAACCAUUUCAUCUCCAUGAAAGAAGCGGAUGGACGUACAGUGGACUUUCCUGGAGUGGUCGUUGAGGCUGGCAAUCUGAUCGGCGCAGGAGCCGAUACAACAUCUGCAGGCAUCAGCUCGGUGCUCGGCGAGCUCGUUCGCCAUCCAGAGGACUACAAAGCCGUGCAACGGGAGGUCGAUGAGGCCUAUGCCCGAGGUGAACUCCAAGCUCAUGGCACGAUCGACUACAAGACCGCUGAGAAACUUCCUUGGCUUAAUGCCUGCGUCAAGGAAGCUCUCAGACUCACACCAAGUAUCGUGCGGCAGCUUCCUCGGCAUGUGCCAGACGGGGGCAUUACUAUUGACGGCCAUUACAUUCCUGCGAGUUCUGUCGUGAGUCUGAGUCCCUACGCUGCUAAUCGCGAUGAGAUUGUCUUUGGAAACGACGCUUCAGAAUGGAACCCGGGAAGAUACAUUGCAGGGAACAAAGGCGUGACGGACGAAUAUUCAUGGGUUCAACUCUGUGCAAUUGAUCACUCUGCUGACUACUUCUACCGUUCGGCUACGGGUCGAGAACCUGUAUCGGACGCAACCUCGCGCUGGUCGAAACUUACCGUUUUGUCGCGGAGUUCUGCCAUCGUUACAACAUGA